AUGGAUGAUGGCACAAUCGAGGGCCAAAAAGCCACCGAACCACCCCACCCCACGGUGUCCGCCCAGCAGCUGGCGGAUAUGAUGCCCACUGGAUUGGCGGUGCUGAACCACCGGGACCAGACGGUGUUUGUGAACAAGCGGUUCCUGGAAUUGACCACCUGCCCGGCCGAAGAGGCGUUCGAGGGCUGGCGCCAGACCAUUCACCGCGAGGACGUAGAGCGCGUCACGACCGCCUAUCGCAAGGCCUCCUGCACCCAGCAGCCCUUGCGCAUUGAAUACCGCACCCGGCUGCAGCCGUGUCUGUGGCGCGUGUGUCUGUUGACGCCCGUCGAGGAUGAGGACGAUCGCCGGCGGUUCGGACUGAGCCCCGAUGGCGGCUUCAUCUGCACCAUCACCGAUAUCACGCCGGAAAAGACGGCCGAGUUAACCCAGCGACGCAUCGCCCACGAGGCCGAGGACCGCAAACAACAGCAGGAGCGCUUCAUCGACAUGAUCAGCCACGAAGUCCGCAACCCGCUGUCCGCCAUCCUCCACUGCACCGAGGAUAUCCUCGAGGCCGUCCAUCAGCCGGACCGGUGGGCGGCCAUGCGGGCGCAGAUCGCCGAGGCGGCCGACACGAUCAGUCUCUGCGUGGCGCAUCAGAAGAAGAUCAUCGACGACGUGCUGACCUACUCCAAGCUGGACGCGUCGAUGCUGACCCUGUCCCCGCGCCGCGUCCAGCCGCAGAAGAAUGUGGCCACCGCGCUGGCCAUGUUUCGCCCGGAGCUGCGCAAGCAUGCCAUCGAAUUCCAAUACCAGCUCGACGAGUCCUACACCGAUUGUGGCAUCGAUUGGGUCAUGGCGGAUAUGGACCGCAUGAGCCAGGUUCUCAUCAACCUACUUUCCAAUGCCAUCAAGUUCACAGCCCGCGCUGGCGACCACAAACACAUCCGCGUCUCCAUCGGGGCUGCCACCCAACGCCCGCCCUCGUAUCCCCCCAACGUCGUCUUCUUUGACUCGGGCCCCCAGGCCUUGAACCUGGAUGCCACCGCGCAACCGGAGUGGGGCGACGGCCCGGUCGCGUACCUGAUGGUGGCCGUCAGGGACACAGGCAUUGGCAUCAGCGAUGAGGCCCAGAAGCGGCUAUUUGAGCGGUUCAACCAGGCCACGCCGCGCACCCAGUCAAUCUACGGGGGCUCCGGGCUGGGGCUGAAUGUGAGCCGGCGGCUGUGCCAUCUGCACGGGGGCGAGAUCGGGGUCAGCUCCCGCGAAGGCGAGGGCAGUACCUUUGGCUUCUUCUUCACCGUCCGUCGCAGUCCGCCGGGCCAGGUCGAGGAUGCCGCCAAGAUCAACGGGACCACCGAGAUUGACCGCCUCUGUAGCCAGAUUCAAGCCAUGGGCAACGAGAUGAGCGGCGUGGCCGCGCGCAACCCCCGGCCCCGGAUCCCCUUGACGCCCCCGGUCACGCACGUCGAAGAGAUCUCGCCGCAUGCCGACAGGGACGAGCGCAUGCACCACACGGCCAAGCUCGCGGCCGAGGUGUCAUCGCCCGAGCUGGCCAAUCCCGAGGAUCAACCCCGAUCGGUGGACCAUCCGGCAUACACACCAGGGCGGCCGGGCGAGAAGGACGCGACCCGGGAGGCCACCCCCCCGCCCGCCGGCCAACAACGCAUCCUCUUGGUCGAAGACAACGUUAUCAACCAGCGGAUCCUCUCCCGGAAGCUACAAUCGUCCGGCUUUCAUGUGUGGGAGGCCGAGAAUGGCCAGGAGGCGGUGGAGGCCGCCCGGAACGAGACCUUUCACUGUAUCCUGAUGGACCAAGUCAUGCCGGUGAUGGAUGGCACCACGGCGACGCGGGCCAUUCGCGCCUUGGAUUCCCCGAUGGCGCAGGUCCCGAUUCUCGGCGUGACGGCCAAUGUCCGGGCGGCCCAAAAGGACGAGAUGCUGGCGGCGGGGAUGAAUGAUAUCAUCUAUAAACCCUACAAGAUGCAGGAUUUGGUGGACCGAAUCAAGCAGCUGGCGGAGAUUGGGGAGGAAUAG